AUGGGGAUGGUCCACCGGAUUUUUGGCGACGCCCCGAACGUGGGGACGGCGGCCCAGGUGACGCUUCGCGCCGGCCUUGCCCAGGCUUUCGUUCUUGUGGUCCGGGUUGGAUAG